AUGUUGUGCGACCGAUCCCGACUUCGCAAUACGAAGAUCCUUCCAGUCGGCUUCAGGAACGAUGGAGAUUUCCGCCAGGUCGUCUUACAGCCAGGCACUAAAUAUUGCAUUAGUGCUGGCGGCGAGCAACUGAACCAGUAUAUCUUCGACUUAGUGUGGCCCGAGAAGUCAGCGGACGUGUUACAAGAGACCGAGAAGGAAUAUCAGAGGGCUGAGGCAUCGGCGCAGAAUCCUCGCUAUGCUCGAACCAUCGAGGAAGGGCCCACUGAGCUUCCCUCGUGGUACAAUACCCGUCUCCACACGCCGACCGUUGGGGCGGUCCUGCGGACGACCGAGGGCGAGUUUUUAGGGAAAGGAGCGUUCGGCGAAGUGCGUAAGGCCGUCGAUCUCGAUUCGGGGUGCUUCAUCGCGGUCAAGAAAAUGAAACUGCCGCCUAAAGUUGGCCCUUUCCCGUCUCACGAAGAGGACACGUUGCGGCGCGAAGUCAAAAUACUCUCCAGUAUUUCUCACAAAAACAUCGUCGAAUACUUAGGCUCGACAGGCUGGGAUACCGGGACUGUACAUGUCUACAUGAGCCUCAAGGCCGGAAACGUGUGCGAUUUGCUCGAGAAAUCUCCGAACAUAGGUUAUGAUGAAAAGAUCCUUACGCGGCUCCUACAUGAGAUGCUCGAGGCGCUGGAUUACCUGGCCUUCCGAGGCUGGUGUCAUCGGGAUGUCAAGCCCGAAAAUAUUCUGUACACGCCAUCCGGCAACGAGGGUUACGUUUUUCAGUUAGCUGAUUUUGGUCUUGCCAAUCAGCAACGGCUUGCGAAUACC